AUGUCCUCGGAUUUAGAAGAAGAUGCUACGGGUCCGUCAACACCCAAGAAAUAUAAGAAAACCAAACACAGAACCCAAAAGUAUAGGACUCAAUGGGAAUCAGAAGGCGAAUUUAAAGAUUGGAUUGGCCCUGAUGAAAAUAACAUUAAUAAGGCAUAUUGUAAAUUGAGUCGCUCAGCGGAAGAGUGGCCCAAGCCUUGCACAUUAAGUAUGGAGAUAAUGAGCAUUAAUGAUCUGAGAAUUACAUCAGUACUGAUAUUUAAGUAUUUUCUC